AUGUUAUGGAAAAAUGGGGAUUUGACAUGGAUAUGUGUGGUGAAACAGCUAUGUGUCGGAGAUGCUAACCGCCUGGUUCAAGCCGGAAAGGCGGGCUCUAACGGAAGCAAAGACUAUAAUGUUUCUUGGUUUGACCCUAGCCAUCUGCUUAAAUCCGAAUCAUUUUGGCACGUACUCGAGCUGUCAUUGAUGGGAUGUAGCACCCCGCAUUCCGAGAUCGACAAAGCUAGCAGAGGACCCUGGAAAUUAAUCAAUCCUUCAUCAGGAUUUGAGAUGAAUCGGGUGAUGGCUGAUACCAAACAACGCCACAUGCUGCCACAUCUUCAUUAA